UAAGCAAUAGUCACCCCUGCUGUGGCCUCAUUUGUUGGUCACCUUGGGAGCUGAACGGUAAGACCAGUCCUUGCAACAGAAACUGUCGAAAUUUAAAAUACAAGAUGAUUCCAAUUGUGCAGAAAAUAGGACAUUUCAUUUUUUUCAAGAAAUCAGGAAAAAAUGUAUUCAAGGCAAUCGAAAGCUUUAGAGAGCUUUCAAAUAAUUACUGUCUGCCAGAAACUCACAAAUUACUUCAAGAUACCUGCAGGAAGUUUUCGGAAGAGCAAUUAAAACCAAUAGCAGCAAAAAUUGACAAGGAACACUUAUUCCCAAAAGAACAAAUCAAACAAAUAGGCAAUUUAGGACUCUUUGGAUUGACUGUACCAGAGAAUGAAGGCGGAGCCGGAUUGGACAACUUAGCCUAUGUGACAGCAAUGGAAGAAAUCAGUAGAGGUUGUGCUUCCUGCGCUACCAUAAUGAGUGUGCACUGCUCUUUAUACCUGAGUGCAGUGCAGAAUUUUGGGAAGGAUAAUCAGAAGAAGAAAUUUCUGUAUCCAUUUACAACUGGGGACAGAGUUGGCUGCUUUGCUUUAAGUGAACCAGGAAACGGAAGCGAUGCGGUAGCAGCAUCCACAACGGCUAAGCUUUCUGGAGAUUCAUGGAUCUUGAACGGAACGAAAGCCUGGGUAACAAAUGGUCAUGAAGCUGAGGCGGCAGUGGUUUUUGCAGCUACAGACAAAUCAAAGAAACAUAAAGGCAUCAGUUGUUUUCUGGUUCCUAUGCCAACCCCAGGAUUGUCCCUCGGAAAGAAGGAAGAUAAAUUGGGUAUAAGAGGUUCAUCAACCUGCAACCUCAUAUUCGAAGACUGUAUCAUACCCAAAGAAAAUCUCCUAGGACAAAUUGGAGAAGGAUUUAAAAUAGCCAUGAUGACGCUGGAUUCUGGUCGAAUUGGUAUCGCUGCGCAAGCAUUAGGAAUUUCGCAGGCAUCUCUAGACUGCGCAAUGAACUAUGCUUCUCAACGGAAGGCAUUCGGUUCAAGAAUUCUGAACUUGCAAGCUAUUCAGCUCAAAUUGGCUGACAUGGAGCUCCGACUAGAAAGUGCUCGGCUGUUAACGUACAAAGCUGCCAAGUUAAGAGACCGAGGAGAAAGAUUUACUAAGGAAGUUUCUUUAGCAAAAUUAGCUGCUUCUGAAGCUGCCACUUUUGUUUCCCAUCAGGCUAUGCAAAUUUUAGGUGGCAUGGGAUAUAUCACAGAUAUGCCAGUUGAAAGACACUACAGAGAUAGCCGGAUAACAGAAAUUUAUGCAGGGACAGCUGAAAUUCAGAAACUAAUUAUUACUGAGAAUCUUAUAAAAGAAUAUGGCCUUCAAGAAUCAUAAGUGGAAAACAGGAAAUAAUGCUUACAACUCAGUAUUUGAAAUUGUUAAUAAACUGUGAAACAAAAAAGCAUGAUUAUUUUAUUUAUUAAAUUUAAAUUAAGUUUAAGUGUAUAAAAUAAUUAAAAUUUUAUUUUAUGAAAACAAUGCAAGAAUAAUAGCAUUUAUGUAAUCACAAAUGGCAAAUAAAAAUUAAUUAAAAACUAAAAUAAAAAAAAUAAGAAAAAACAGUGAAGAAUCAUUGAGAUCGCUUUCAGUGCAAGAGUAUUUUAGAUUUUUUUCUUCCAAGUUCUUAAAAAUAAUAAAUAUAAUAAAAUUCAUUAAAAAAUUUGAAAAUAUUAUAUUGCAGCUUGCUAAAUGAAGAAUGCAAUGCUCAUUAGGGUAAAACGAAAACGGCCUUAAAAAAAUUUUUUUUUCUACGAUUUUAGUUUGGUAAUAGUGGGGAAAAGUUGCCUUUUAGGCUCAUAAAGAAUAAUUGUAAAUUUGGUUGCAAUAUUGCAACAUCUUAAGGUGCAGCAAAAAGCUUGGAAUUUGAAAAAAAAUUGAAAAAAGUGACAAAUUUUAAAAUAGGUCUUUAAAUUUAUUUUUUCGAUUUCAGUUUGGUAAUAAAGAGGAAAAAGUGUCUUUUAGGUUCAAAAAAAAAAUUUUUUUUUAUUUAAUUUUGUUGCAAUACUAUAUUAUCCUGAGGUGCCGCGAA